AUGGCCUUCUCCCGAGGCGGAAGAGGUGGAAGAGGCGCCCCGCGUGGCCGCGGUCGCGGUCGUGGCCGUGGUGGCCGUGGCGGCUUUCGGCGACAAAAUUUCGACUCGUCCCGACUGCACGAUGCACAGUCGGACGAAUCCUCCGGUGAGGAUGCGCCUGCUAUGGAGCUCGAAGAUGAUGUGAAUAUGGAUGACGAUGUCUCCUCCAGCAGCGACGAGGAGGAGCAGACCGAGCGCCCGUAUAACGAGUUGUUACAACUACUCCAAACCGAUGCCGAAACCAAAGGACCAGCUCGCAAGCGCAGAAAGGUUGCCGGGGAUAGCAGUGAUGCUAAGGCGGUUGCGGUGGAAGAGUCCGAGGAUGAGGCCGAGGCCGAUGCGCUGCAAGAUCAGGCCCCGUCGGAUGACGAGGAAGAACCUCAAGAGGAUGAGGACGACGAUGCUGCUGGUCCUUUUGAGAAGCACUUCAACUUGCCCGAUGGGUCUGAUCUUCCCAAGAAGAUCGAGCAAAUCCAGGCGAACAAAUGGGUCUCGGCCAAGAAAGAAGUAGACGGCUUGCGCUUCGUGCAGUCAAUCCCGGAUAUGGGAGACGCCGCAUCGUUGCUACCAGCCAUCAAGAGCACCGCUAACCUAAAGCUCAAAAAUAAACUCAAACCUCGCGUCGCCGAACUGCUGCCGACUAUCACUGGCUCCGCCCAACACCUUGCCCCAUAUGUCUUCGACUACCAAGAUCUGCUCUUUGGCGCACGAACAGCGAGCAAUGCGGAUAGCAUGCGCGAGCUUGCAGCCGUACACACAGUCAACCAUCUCAUCAAGACACGCGACCAAGUGCUGAAGAACAAUGCCCGUCUGGCCAAGGACCCCGAUACUGAUAUCGAGUGUCGGGAUCAGGGUUUCACCCGGCCCAAAGUACUCUACAUUCUGCCCACUCGACAGGCCUGUGUGCGCGUCGUCAAUGCGAUUGCCCGGAUCUACCAAGCGGAGCAGCACGAGAACAAGAAGCGCUUUACGGAUAGCUUCUCAUCGCCCGAUGAUGCCUCUUGGGAGAACAAGACGGAGGACUUCCGCGAACUGUUCGGCGGCAAUGACGACGAUAUGUUCCGUUUAGGACUGAAGUUCACCCGCAAGACCGUCAAGUACUUUGCGCAAUUUUACAAUUCGGAUGUCAUUCUGGCCAGUCCACUCGGUCUACGAACGAUCAUGGACCAAGCCGAUGCCAAAAAGCGAGACCACGACUUCCUCUCCUCCAUCGAAGUCGUCAUCGUCGACCACGCCGACGCCCUCCUCAUGCAGAACUGGGACCAUAUCUCCUUCAUCUUCCAGCAUCUAAACCAGCAACCGAAAGAGGCCCACGGCUGCGACUUCAGCCGAGUCCGCAACUGGUAUCUAGACAACCACGCCCGCCACAUCCGCCAAACAAUCGUCCUAUCAUCCUUCAUAACGCCAGAAAUCAACUCCCUCUUCUCCACCAACAUGCAAAACACCUCCGGCCGCAUCAAAAUAACCCCCACCUACGCCGGCGCCAUAACCGACCUCCCCCUCCCCGUCUCCGUAAAGCAAACUUUCACCCGAAUCGACAGUCUCUCGCCCCUGAAAGACCCAGACGCCCGCUUCAAGCACUUCACCACGACCAUCCUCUCAACGCUGGUGAAGAAUAUCGCUGCGCGCAGCAAGGCCGGCGCGGGGACUCUCAUCUUUGUCCCCUCGUACUUGGAUUUCGUGCGGGUGCGGAAUCACUUCGCUACUUCGGCGCAGACGACGAAUGUUUCUUUCGGCGCUAUAUCCGAGUACACUGAGCCUCGCGAGGCUUCGCGGGCGCGGAGUCACUUUGUUACGGGACGACACUCGGUGUUACUGUAUACAGAGCGGGCGCAUCAUUUCCGGCGGAACCAGAUCCGCGGUGUGCGGAGGGUGAUUAUGUAUGGUGUUCCUGAGAAUCCGGUGUUUUAUGGGGAGAUUGUGGGAUUCUUGGGGCUGGAUCCUGCGGCGCUGGUUGAGGCUGCUGAGGGCGGUGCGCGGGUUUUGUUCACCAAGUGGGAUGCGUUGAAGUUGGAGCGUGUGGUUGGAACGGCGAGGGUGGGGAAUAUGUUGCGUGAGAGGGGUGGUGAUACGUUUACUUUUGUUUAG